AAGACGGGCAGUGUUCGAAGCGACCGAGAACACAGUAUUCGCGUAUGCAGCUGCUGGAACUGGAGAAGGAGUUCUACUUCAACCGAUACCUGUGUCGGCAACGUCGCGUAGAACUGGCCUCACAGCUGCAACUAUCUGAGCGCCAGGUCAAGAUCUGGUUCCAGAACCGGCGCAUGAAGUUCAAAAGGGAACAACGCGCCGCCGGAGUGUGGCCCUUAGAAGACGGCGCGGACGAGGAGUCAUCCUGUUCACCCACCGCUGUGUCACACAUCCACGGUUGCCUGAAGACAGACAGGUACCCUACCGGACUACUGGAAAAUUGGGAAGGUUCUCCCAGUCUACAAAUCAGUACCUGGCUCGCGAACAACGCCACGAGCCUUGCACCUGGAAGCAAGCCGGGCUACCACCAGCACAUAGCCAAUGGCCUCGACCAAAGUCGACACCGACACGCUACUGCAACAACUCACACGGGCACGAACGGAGCAACGACGGACUGCGCGGGGAGCCACCACCAGUGUCUAGGAACGCGCCACGUGAACCACGGCACGCCAAACCGUUGCUGCGGAUGCAGCAAUGGGAUAUGGCCACAGUCGUCCGCGAGGAAGGCCUCCGAGGCAAGGUACCAGCAGGCGGCGAAGGCAGCGCCACAGUGCAACCUCACGAAGGAGGCAUAGCCAGACCAGCAGAGCCACAAUGCGUGUGGUUUAG